AUGUCUGCCAGCCCGACCCCCUCUGGCGGUGCCGAUUCGAAGCCCGCUGACCAAAUUCACUUCCGCUUCUGUCGCGAGUGCUCUAACCUGCUCUACCCAAAAGAGGACCGCGUCACCAACCAGCUCAUGUUCACCUGCCGUACCUGCCACGUCGGCGAGCCCGCAACCUCCCACUGCGUCUACCAGAACAAGCUGAACAGCCAAGUUGGAGACACUGCCGGUGUUACUCAGGAUGUGGCCUCGGACCCCACGGUUUGUUCCCCCGAGUCUCUUUUUGUUGGCUUCCUGACCAUCCCCGGAUUCUGCGCAUGUUGUGGCAAAGAAAUCGCCUGCGUGACCUGUGGCCGCGCCUACUAUGCGGUUCCCAAGGACCUUCCCGAUGGAAACCUGAGCCCAGUCUCGGAUGCGCCUAGCAACGUGUCCAGCAUCGACGCUCUUCCCCGAGCGAACAAGCUUUGCCCGAGCUGCGGUGAGAACGAAGCGGUCUUCUUCCAGUCUCAGCAACGUUCCGCGGAAAGUGGAAUGAAACUUUACUACGUGUGCUGCGCAUGUGGUACUGUCUUCACCUGA